GGACCAGCCUCCCCUGGCAAUGGCCACAAGACUACAUUUCCCGGCGUGCACGAGAAGGGGAGAGUCGCCACUAAGCGUACGCGCGAUUGGCUGGCCCUGGCGCGCCGCUGCCGGCGGAGGGCGUGAGCGCAGGCCCGCAGCUCUUCUGGAAGAUGGCGGGCGUGUGUGUCUCCGGUGCAAGCCGAAGAUGUUUGACGUGGAGAGUCUUGAGGGUGACGCGUAGAGAGUUUUGGUCUCCGUCCAGAAAAGAGAAGGAUCCAGUAGAAGAGGUGAAGACAGCAGAAGAGGUGAAGAAAGAGCCUGUCUUGGUGUGUCCGCCCUUACGAAGCCGAAAGUACAUGCCUCCUGAAGAUCUCCAGAGUCGUUUGGAAUGUCAUGUUAAAGAAGUUUUUGGCACAUCUCUACCCAACAAUUGGCAGGACAUCUCUCUGGAUGAUGGUCACAUGAAGUUCAGUCUCUUGGCACACUUGGGUGAUGACUUGGGCCAUGCAGUGCCCAACUCCAGGCUUCACCAGAUGUGCAAAGUCAGGGAUGUUCUUGAUUUCUAUAAUGUCCCUGUUCAAGAUGGAUCUAAAUUUGACGAACUUAGUACAAGUAAUCUACCCCCUAAUUUGAAAAUCACUUGGAAUUACUGACUUAUGUGGAAGAUAAACACAUUGGUAGCAUUUUCCCCCUAAGCAAAGGAGCUGCUGACUUCUGUUAUUUUACCAUUAGAACUGUUCUCUGAAUCCCAUUUUUCUAUAUAAGAAUGCAUCAAUCUUUUUAAAAAAUUUUCAUGUAUGAGUUCACAAAGAAAUAAAAGUACUCUUUUUUUUUUUUUACAUUUGCUGAACCAGUAUCCUUAAAAAAUAGACUCAUUAAUUUAUGGUACAUUUUUUCUUCAGAGGACGUUGGAGUUGACUUGGGAGGUUAUAAAUGCCUUUUGAAUAAAAACAAAUCUUUAAAAAAAAGUGAUAAGGUAUUUCAAGUUUAGAUAUGAUCAUAUCCUUCACGGGCAUCAAGUAGUUGAAAGAAAAUGCUUAAAUCCAAGGUGGAAUUAUUACAUAUUACACAUGUAUAAAGAAAGAAUUUUGUGAGAUAAGAUACUUAG